AUGGGGAAGUGUCUGUUGCCUUUUGACCCCUGUGCCCGUUUCACCCUAAGAAAUGGAAGUUGCUUAGCGAGCGUAACGCGACCACACCACACAGAUUGCCAAAGGAGAAUAAUGACGAUGAUGAUGACGGCGGUUGCUGGUGACGACGAAAUCCAUCGAAGACUGACAAGGGGCCCUGUGAUCCAACCGCGUAACUCAUUACCAUCAACCCUCUCCUUUGUUCACCUCGCCGCCUGUCUGAAGUAUCUGACCAACCCCUCCGUCAACCCGGACGGCAGAGGCGUCAGACACCCACACUCAUUUCAGUCACAAUUGGUUGCUUUCAAGGUUUAG